AUGGAUGGAUCAUCAUCAUCAUUGAGACAUAUAUUGUUAGGAACUAUACAGGGACACAUCUGGGUUGGAGUUGCCAUCGCAACCUUGUUGGCUUUACAUGGUCUGCGCAAGAAGUCGUUGAACAUGUCAGGUGCGAUCGCUGCUUGGUUCACAGGCUUGAUCACAUUCACAGCAGGUCACACCUUUGCCGCGAUCCUCAUCGCCUUCUACCUAUCAUCGUCUUAUCUGACCAAAUACAAAGCGUCCAUCAAGAAGAAGCUUGAGGAAGAUCACAAAGUUGGUGGCCAGAGGAACUAUAUACAGGUGUUCUCAAACAGUCUGGUGGGCACUGUACUGGCACUGGCGCAUAUGUUGGUGAGCAACAGUCGAUGGAACACAUAUAUUGACUCGAGAUACCCUUUGGACGUGUUCUUGUUAUGUGCAUUUGUAGGACAGUAUGCAUGCUGCAAUGGUGACACAUGGGCUUCAGAAUUGGGCAUACUUAAUAAGACACAGCCGAUCUUGAUCACAAAGCUUAGACGUGUGCCACCUGGUACUAACGGCGCAAUCAGUCCCCUUGGCACAUUCGCAUCACUCAUGGGUGGUCUCUUCAUUGGAGUAUGCUACUACGUACUCUCCAUCCUAUUCGCACCAGCCAACGUCACCGCUCACCAACCCCAAUAUCCAAUCAUACUCUUGGCGUCAUUCUCUGGCAUAUGUGGAUCGAUGAUUGAUUCACUACUUGGAGCUACUGUUCAAUACUCUGGAUGGGACAUCAAGAAUAACAAGGUCACAAACAUCCAACCAAAGUCAAAGAAUAAUCUGAUUGCACAUCUUAGUGGAGCGGACAUAUUGGACAAUCAUCAAGUCAACUUCCUGUCAUGUCUAUCAAUGUCCAUCAUCAGUGGCUGCAUUGGAUAUUGUUUACUAUGA